AUGGUCCGAACAGACGACCAAGAGCAUAUGGAGGAGCUGAAUAAAAUUGCGCAGGACAAGUUCGGCAAGUCUUUCGAGGAGCUGGACGCCCACCAACGCAUUCAGGUUGGAGGAGUCAAGGGCGGCCACGCCCGCGGCGGCCACUCCGCUGACCCAGAUCGCGCGCCCCCACCGCCGGAAGUCAAGCUGUACAGGCAAAACGGCGCCCGGACAAUGCCUGGGGUUGACAGCGUUCGAUGGCUGUUCCUUGCAGUGGAGGAUGACCGGAUGCUGCAUGAUGGCCACCGGGGAGGAUUCCCAACGAGCUAUGGUCAGAUGGGGUCUCCGUUGGGUCCCGGGCUUAAAUAUCUAACGCAAUAA